GCAGCGCAUCGAGAACGUUGUCUCAUAGCCCAGCCAAAAUGAAAGUCCUUGCGCUAACUCUGCUCAGCCUGGCGCUGGUUGCCGCCGAUGUAUCUCAUCUGUUUGGUCACGAACAUCAGCACGAGGAUCACGCGCAUCCUGGCUACAAUUACGAGCCACCGAGCAUACCCUUUGAGCUGCCAACGCCCGCCCCCGUUUACCUGCCGGCAAAGGAGCCGGAGCCCAAUUAUUUGCCACCAGCACAGCCCAACCCAACCUAUCUGCCACCCACACCAACUUACUUGCCGCCCGCACCGGUGGUGCAGCCGGAGAGCAGCUACUUGCCACCUGGUCAGGUGUUGCCCACCUACAAAAUUCCCAUUCCCUCGUAUGCCGCACCCCUGGAGCCGGAUAACACAUAUCUGCCGCCGCAGGAGAUUGUCGAGCCGCACAGCGAGGAUGGAUAUCAUUACAAUCCACCAUCCACGCCCUUCUUCUACUAAGCUCAUUCUUCACCCAUGCUAGCCAGCCAUGUUUGCCACCAGAUAUUACCUAACCCCAUGUGUAUAUACUUAUAUAUGUUUUAUGUCUAUCUAUGAAUUGUACAUGUAUAUUAUCCAGCUAUUUAUUUAUGACAGAGCUCCAAAUGCUCCAAAUGAUUGAGUUUGCGCUCUUGUUUUUGAGAGAAAAAUCCUCCACGAGAUAAUGUUGAUGCUAACUCAGCUUAUGAAUUUUUGUAUGGCUUUUAAAUAUCCUAUUCAUAUUAAUAUUUAAAAAGCCCGAAAUAUAAAUGAGCAUAACAAUAUAUCCUCAAAUUUUUAAAUUAAA